AUGUCGGUGGUUGUUGCAGCUGAACGUCGCAGCGCCCUCGCCGCUCCGCCGCGCAUCGUCAGUCAUUACACGCCGCGUCCCCUCAGUACCCGGUGUCGGGUACCUUGUACCCGGUGCCCGGUAGCGCUGACCCUUCGAGUAGGGUCGGAGGGUGAAAUGGGAUUCUGCGGCGGGUCCCUCCUACACAGGCAGUGGGUGAUCACCGCUGCGCAUUGCUGCUUCCAUGGCGACCAGCAAGUAACGCAUGUACAGGUGGUCCUCGGUGCCCACUCGCUUUACGACCGCUUCGAGAACGGUCGUCGGAUGAUCAACGUGGAGGAGAUCGUGGUACACCCGGACUGGGACGCGAUCACGUUUGCUAACGAUCUCGCGCUCCUCAGACUUGCUAACAUUGCACAGAUGUCGGAUACUAUAGAAACUAUUCGGGUGCCAUAUUUGAAUACAGUGUCCUGGAAUUUCGCCGGCGCCGCCUCCGUCGCGUCCGGGUGGGGUAUUGCUACUGAAGGUGUGACGUUCAUAUCGCCGACACUUCGCGAGAAGCUUCUGAUAGUGCUGGCUGAUGACCUCUGCAAUAACACUUACUCGGAACGCUUACCAGAAAAUAUCAUUUGCGCUUUCGGCGAUGCCUCAGGGACUUGCAAGGGCGACAAUGGUGGUCCAUUGACAAUGAUUUUUAGCCAGACUGGAGAAACUAUUCUGAUCGGGGUGGCUUCGUUCGUCGAGGCGGACGGCUGUAACAACCGCAUGGCGUCAGUCUUCACUCGGCUACAGAGAUACUUGCCCUGGAUCAGUGACACCACUGGCAUCACACUGGAUUGAUCACUGCAUAUUAUAUAGCAAUAUUAAGAACUACUCUUUAUUUAUACUCUCUUUUGUACACUAUAUUAUAAGUUAAGAUAGUUUACAGAAACCAAUUGGCAGCUUGGGUUGUCGACACUACGGAAUAGGCUAGUUGACACUUUUUUUUCAAGACCUGUUAGGUCUUAUUUGUAUAGUUCAUUAUCGUUCUACUAAAUUGAAAAUUUCUUUUUUUUCAUAUUCGUAUUUUUAUUACAAAAAAAAAUUUGGUCAUUAUGACAUCGCUGUAACAAAUCCCUUGCAAAUGGAGCGUUUGACAAAAGUUUGACGUUUAGUAAAACAAGUAAUAUUGUGACGUCACAAAAUGGACAACAGCGUUUUUGACGUUUGGAUUUGAUAAAUUACAUGAUAUUUAAAUUAAAUUUUAUAAGAAACCCUUAACUUUUAUUAAUUAAUAUCGAUAUAUAUCGGACCCUUAUUCCAUGUAGUAUGCAAAUUAAUAGAUAUUGUUUAAAUUAAAUUUGUUUGAGUCAACUACCCUAUUAGAAUAAUUACAGUGAAAUUCGCAAAUUCAUUCAUUUUGGUUCAACUUACUUGCCGGAGUCUAUGCCUAUGUCUUGGUAAGUGUGGUAUGGGUGCAUAUAAUUAAAUUAUGUAAAUUAGUCAAUGUUUUUGGAUCGAACUUGUGAAGUUUAGAUAAAUAUAGGUGCAAUAAAUUUAUUAUCAUUGAUGCCGUAAACCUUAUCAGUUAUCAUUAAGUUAAAUAUUAUUGUUUAAGAUUGCGUUUUAUAUGAAAAUUAAUCUCUGUUUUUUAUAACAAACAUAAAUACUAUAAAAUGAUAACGAAAUGGAACUCUAUGAAAUAAGUUAAUUAUGAGAAUCUUGUUGUCAGCCUCAGUUUAUCCUCAGUCAAAUACAAUGACCAUAGUCUAAUAUUAAACAUCGCUUUAUAACACCGGGAAUGUUUUAUUUACUGAACAUAUCAGUUUUUUUUUAAAUAUUAAUAAAAAAAAAGUGUGUCAGCUCCGACGCACGGAGUUUAUUUUUUCGACUGUCUAAAUGUUGCCCAGCAUACACUUUGUACGUCUCAAUAAGUGAAAGGUGCGCAACCAAGGAGGAGCAGGCAGCGCACGGUGAAAGGUGCGCAGAAUAGGUUGCGCACAAAAAACGUAACGCUGUCAUUCGUUCAUCGAAUUUUACUGUCCAAAUUUUCAACAAACCAAACCGGGGCUAUAUGAAAAAUCGAUUCCUAAGGAGUCAACUCCAAAGACAAUAGUCCAGCGGGAAUAGAACCAUCAACAUCGGUGAUGAGUCCGACUCCUUUACCACUGAGAUAUUGAGGUUUAUAUGUUCAUAUAGAUUAAAAUUAUCAUUCAAUUAUUUUAUUUGGAAAAACGUGUACAAGAUAUCAAGAAGUUACCUAUUGUUUAACUUGCUCUCCAAAGUACGGGUUAACACCCACAAUUAAAGUCCGGCCGCUCACAGAUUGCGUUUUUGACAGGUCGAAUGGGACAAAAAUAUUCAACUAGCGGACGCCCGCGAAUCCGUCCGCUUUGUAGUCAAUGUAAACUUUCCACCCCUAUUUCACCA